GGUUUUCUUUCUGGGGCUGAUAGGGGAGUGGCGAUGGGUGUUCGGGGAGUGGUCGCAAUGAGCCCCACUCUCUCCCAUACUCCUCCAUCACAGCUUGAUGUUGGCUGAAGUAAACAGAAGACCAUUGGUUGUUCAGAGUCCCUCAAGCGCUGUAAUGAAUAUGUAAACACCGCUUCCCAAGUUUCUUGGACUAACGGUGCCAUCGGACAGUAUUAUCCAUGUGUCUGGAGGGCUUAAUUUCUUUUAAUUAGCCAAGCUUUGAGAGGUUAAAGUGUGUUCAGAUCUCCCAACUGACCGGCAGCGCUUAAUUUGAAACGCAAAGUGUGGAUUGAUGGAGGCGUCUUUGAAACACUGAGAGCGGGAACAACAUUGUGUUUAAAUCCAGCAACUGAGUGUAUCUGUGAAUGUGUAUCUGAGUGGAGAACAUUGUAGCGGAGUUGCUGUUUGCCGGCUUUCUUUGUGUUGCUCUUCUCCAAGCAUGCUUGAACCUCGCAGCGCUGGAGCAGUUUGAACAUCGCCAAACCUUCCUCAACAUCCCAAAACUAUGGCCAGCGACCACUGCUUAUAGAAGAGGAUUACUAAAACUCCCUAAAACACCCUUUUACCCUUUUCUCUGUCCCCCUGAGCUGCAAUAAACCCGCGUUGUUCACCGCGUCCCUCUCAUUCAUCGCGCCUGGAUUGUUGAAGGACAAGUAAAAAAUUGCGCCCUUUUCAUAGAGCAGCGCUUCGCCGAGAGGAAACAUGGAUGUAUUUUAUCCGUCUGCCGGAGGGAAUUCUAUUCCUGGAGAUCCACAGAAUCUGGAUUUUUCCCACUGCCUGGGAUACUACAACUACAACAAGUUUGGGAAUAACAACAACUACAUGAACAUGGCUGAUGCCAAUGGAGCUCUGUUAGCAGGAGGAGAUACAUUUCAUACUCCGAGUCUUGGUGACGAAGAGUUCGAAAUACCCCCCAUCACCCCUCCUCCUGAGACCGAGCCUGGUAUGGGCCUCCAGGAGGUGGACUCACCUUUCCCCGGGCUACCUGACCACCCCAACUCUCAGCGAGGGUCAUUCACCCCGCAGUUUCCACCUCAGAGCCUGGAGCUGCCCUCGAUCACCAUCUCCAGAAAUAUGAUGGAGCAGGAAGGACAAAUCAACAAUGGACAUCCCGGGGCUGUUGGUCAAAGCCACCUCCGUCAGUACCCUCCAAACCCCACCAUGGUGAUGCGCUCCAUCAUUAGCAUGCACAACCCCAAUGGCAUGAUGUCACAAAACCAGCUUAGCACCAUCAACCAGUCCCAGAUCAACACUCAGCUGGGGCUGAAUAUGACUGGAUCAAACAUUGCUCACACGUCCCCGUCCCCACCCGCCAGCAAAUCGGCCACGCCCUCUCCAUCCAGCUCUAUUAAUGAAGAUGAUCCAGAGGAAGGAAGUAGGGUGAUUGGUGAAAAGCGUCCCGCCCCCGACGCAGGUAAGAAGCCGAAGACGCCCAAGAAAAAGAAGAAGAAGGAUCCUAAUGAGCCCCAGAAGCCAGUGUCUGCAUAUGCCCUGUUCUUCAGAGACACCCAGGCAGCCAUUAAAGGCCAGAACCCUAAUGCCACGUUUGGAGAGGUGUCCAAGAUAGUAGCUUCUAUGUGGGAUGGACUGGGAGAGGAGCAGAAACAGGUUUACAAAAGCAAAACAGAAGCAGCAAAGAAGGAGUAUCUGAAAGCUCUUGCAGCGUACCGCGCUAGCCUUGUGUCAAAGGCUGCCGCAGAGUCAGCGGAGGCCCAGACGAUCCGCUCAGUGCAGCAGACUCUUGCCUCCACCAGCUUGUCGCCAACACUCGUGCUGCCUUCACCUCUAUCCCAGCACCCCUCAAUGUCUGCUGCGGCACAGGCGCUUCAGCAGGCCCUGCCUCGAGCCAUCGCCCCAAAACCUCUGCAAAUGCGCGUCGGCAGCAGCCAGAUUGUCACCUCGGUCACGGUAGCUCACCAGAACAUGACGCCCGGCGGCGUUCAGUCACAGCUGCUGGGGCAGAUGGGAGCGGGUGGUCCGCAGUCAGGUGUGUCGUCGCAAUUGAGUCCACCGAUGCAACCCCGGCACGCUUCCAUGCAGCAGCAGAUGCAACAUCAGCAGAUGCAGCAGCACUUGCAGCACCAUCAAAUGCAGCAGCAGCAAAUGCACCACCAGCAGAUUCAGCAGCAAAUGCAGCAGCAGCAUUUCCAGCAUCACCUGCAGCAGCAGCUUCAGCAGCACCACAUGCAACAGCAGCAUCAACAGAUGCAGCAGCAGCAGCAAAUGCAAAUGCAGCACAUGCAGCAGAUGCAGCAUAUGCAUCAGCAUCAAAUGCAGCAGCAUCUCCCACAGUCGCAGUGUUCGCCCGUGCAGCACUCGCCCGGCACGCCGCAUUCGGCCUCUCUCGGCAGCCCGCCGCCCCCUCCCGCGCCCCAGCCUCACCCCUCGCAGGUACAGGCUCACGCGCAGGUCCUGUCGCAAGUGAGCAUCUACUGAACCAAAAGCCCUCGGACCUGCAGUUGCGACUCCACGAGAAAAGCAGAAGGAAGUUGUUAUUGAAAAGCAUCACUACAAGGUUGCUUUUUUUAAGUUGCACUUAAGAAGUGUGUAAGAAAUACGAAUGUUUUACAAAGAACUGUCCUUUGUUCUAGAUGGAUAAGAGAUACGUUUUAAAAGGACAAAGCAUCUUAGCUGGAUUUUUUGUCUAUAAGAUAGGCUGAGCUACUGGGAGGUCUGUUCAUAGACUUGAGUGCCCAGUAGUCAUUUGUAUGUAUAUUUAGUUCAUUUGGUUUCUCUCUCUCUCUCUCUCUCUCUCUCUCUCUCUCUCUCUCUCUCUCUCUCUCUGUUGUGGAGUUUAAACUCUGUCGGAGCAUGAUGACAUGGGAAGAACAUUUAGAGACGAUCACAGAAACACCUGAUGGGUUUAUUUAACAGCUUUAUUUAUGAGGUUGAAUUCGCUCUCACCACCAGACAAAAUGAAAGAAUGGGGAAUUCAGAAAGAAGGCACUGCAUCACAGAAGGGAUAGAGAUGAACUGAACAAUGCACAGGUACUAAACUGGUCAUCAGAGACAUGCUGAAUGGCUCUUGCACUGUCCGGCCAGUGUAUCGUCAUGUCUACCUUCUCUUCUUCCCUUUUCCAUCAUCCUCUUUGCGUUCCUACGGAUGAAACUGUUUAACAGUCACUGUCGGGAAGCUCUCUCAAUCAGCUCAUCCUGCUUUUAGAACCAAGUGGUGUUUGACACAUCUCAUGCUGUUAUCAAACGGGAAAAGAUGUAAAACACCAGGUUUUGCUGGACUAUUUGACACGCUUCCAUAGAUCAUUUCUGUCAUCACGUCUUUAAACACUUUUUUGACCUGCUGUAUGUGUUCUGAGGAAAGAAGAGAGAACGUUCUUGGAGUUGUUCUCCUCUGGCCAAAAACCCUCAAAACUCUGUUUCACUUCAACAGUAGUAACAGCACUCCAAAAACCAUUCUGCUCUGUAAUUACCUUUACCUCAGAAAUUUUAUUGAAUAAGUUAUGUUUUUUUUUUUUUUUUUUUUUUUUUUUCUGUGUAUUGAAAACAUUUUAUGGGGGGAAAAAUGGCUAAAAUACUGAAUUUAGGCUGUUGGUUUACUGAUUGGGGUGUUUUUAUUUCAUAAUACCCUACACUUCACAACAAGGACAGUUAAACGGGAAUCUUAUCAGAUGUUUUUUUUUUUUUUUACUAUCAUAGAAAGAACAUGGAAGUAUUUUGUGCCAGCUGUAAAAGAAUCAGUGGUAAGAUAAAAGAAAAUGAAGUUGUACAUUUUUCAUACCUCUUGUUGUAAAGUUUUAAUAUGUGAGGCUUUAAAUGCAGACGUUGGCAAGCUGACCUGUCACCUGCUUUAUCUCAUAGUACUCUUUUCUACUUUUUUAUGAGUUACAGUAGCAGCGAAUCAUUUGUUUGUAUUUUUGCUUACAUUUCAAAAUUAAUAGUUUUUAAAAACCUGACAGUAAAAUAAAUACAGUUGAUGUCAGUUGGAAACUCCACCUGCUUUUAAACGUCAUAGAUGUCAUUUAUUAAGUUUUAUUUUUGCCAUCCAAAAACACAUUUAAAAGAAGCAUUCCAUUAUCGUCAUCAAUAUGAUACUAGCCAUAAUUUUGUAUUAUAUUUCUCUGUGUCUCUCUGUUUGCAAUUAAAAUAAUCAAAAAUA